AUGACGACCGAAGAAGGAUUGCGCCGUUCUGGUCGUGCUCGCAAGCAAGUCGAAACUUAUGCUGAAGGGCCAGCUGAGCAGGAGAAUAUCACUGCCGCUGCUGCCCCAAAGAAGAACAAGGCUUCUCGCAAGAAGCGCAUCAAAGCUGAAGUCGAGGAGGAGGAUGACGAGCACGACGACGACUUUGUCGACGAGCGCCCCAAGAAGCGCGGGAAGCUUACCUUCUACCCCGUUCCUCCCAAGAAGACCGGCAAGUCUGCUCAUUGGAAGGAUACCUCUUGGAUGAGCAACGUCGCCGAACAGCGUGUGGCUCGCGAACAGGCUCCUAUUCCUAAACUUGGCCCCGGCAAGAGAGAGGAGCGGUUGAGGAGGUGAGCACUCUUCUCCCUGCGCUGCAACCAUGUCACUGACUCUGAGCCCAAAGCUACAUCGACGGCGUUCCAGAAUGGUAUCAACGCUUCCUCCAAAGCGCCAGCACGCAGAAGAUGUUCAUCCUCGAUCGUAUGCGUGACGUCGAGCAAGACUGCCAUGCCCAUCACGACGACUGUCCCUUCGAGGCCCUCACCAUCGCCGGCUCCAGUGGUAAUGUCUACCGCGUUCGCAUCUCGCACAUCACAUCUUGCACUUGCCCCGUCGGAAACUUUGCCAAGAAGGGAGAAGUCAAACAAUGCAAGCACGUCUUAUACGUUCUCCAUCACGUCCUCAAAGCACCGGAGCAUCUGAAAUUCCAACCAGCUUUCCUCACCGCCGAGCUCAGAGAACUCUUCACCCAUGCUGGACCAUUGCCCGAGCAGAUCGUGGAAGAGCAAGCCAGUGAGGACGGCAAUCGGAAGAGCUUGGAAGACGCAGAAUGCCCUAUCUGCUACAUGGAAUGGACGAAAGACGAUGAAAUUGUCUGGUGCAAGGCUGCUUGCGGGUCCGUCAGCCAUGCUAUCUGUCACUGUGCUCUGCUGAUAACUCUUCUCCUCACAGCAACAAUCUCCACAAAGGCUGUUUUCAGCAAUGGGCUCAGAUCAAAGCCAACGUCACCUGUCCCCUCUGCCGUACGCCAUGGCAGGAAAAUGACAACCCGGGGAAACAGAAGGCGACCGUCGUGGAGGUGGGAGAGACGACGGGUCAUUAUGGUAGUGGUGGAUAUCGCAAUGUGCGUGAUCAGCUGGAGUACGAUUGA